UGUUCUAUGGAAAGUUCUCUCUGGCUGCUUAAUUCCUCCUUUUCUUUUCCUUCCUGUUUCCCCAGUCAUUUGAUUUCCUAUUUUUCUCACAUUUGCUAGAAUCUGUUUAAAGCUUAAUUCUUAAAUGUGCUGGUGCUGGACCCUGGGCCACAGCUGAGGUUAAUAAAUCUCAUGCGCUGUCUCUGGGGGUUCCUCGCUCAUCUGGUGCCUCUAGAUGUGUGAUAGGAAGUAUAAGUCACCACCGUAUUUGGUCAUUUUAAGGAAGAAACGAAAAGGAUCUUUUGUAGAGAGCAGAAGUUUUCUUCUCAAAAUGACCACAGAGAUCACGUAUGCUGAAGUAACCUUCAAAAAUGAAUCCAAGUCUUCAGGCACCAAAUCAGAGGCACCUAGAGCAACUCCCACAGAAAAGACCAGCCCUCACAAAAGUAACCCUGGUAUUACCAAGCUACUUGUUGCCUCUUUGCUGAUAUUUAUGCUAUUGGCGAUCUCAUUUUUGGCCGCUUUUAUCUUUUUCUUUCAAAAAUAUUCUGAUCUCAAAGGAAAAAUGUCUGCAAAAGAAGUCUCUCACAAAAACUUGGAAUGUACAAAAGAAAAUUUGACCAUGGAAGAGAAAGCAUGGAGCUGCUGCCCAAAGAAUUGGAAGUCUCAUGGUUCAAACUGUUACUUUAUUGCAUCUGAAGAAAAAAACUGGAUGGAGAGUGAGAAGAAUUGCUCAGCGAUGCAAGCUCACCUGCUGGUGGUCACCACCAAAGAGGAGCAGGAUUUCAUCAUCUCAACUGUGAAUUCAAAAUAUGCUUACUAUGUGGGACUGUCAGACCCUGAGGGGAAAUAUCAGUGGCAAUGGGUUGAUUGCACUCCAUACAACCAUAGUGCCACAUUCUGGCACCAAGGUGAACCCAAUAAUUUAAAAAAUCAUUGUGUUAUUCUACUUAAACCUCGUGAAAGAAACAAAUGGGGCUGGAAUAAUGUCAAUUGUCAUGAAAAUCACAUGUCAGUUUGCAAGAUGACAAAGAUCUACAUAUGAAUGAACAUUCUCAAUGAAACGUGUGAUUGAACUGGCAUCCAUCAUCGCAGAGAUCACUAAUUUGCUCUUUAUAUUUAUAUGUAAGACUCUUAUAAGGGGUUUCAUAGACUUUUUCAGCAGACUGUUACCUAUUCUGGUUGUGAUAGAAUCAGGGGACACUUUCAUUCGUUCAUACAAUGAACAUUUACUGAACAUUUUCCACGUGCAUAGACUAUACGGAAAGCCUUUUUCAGACAAAUUGGGGGAACAUGGAAAGCCUCUCCUAAUUUUUGUCUGAUUGCUAGUUCUAAUUGUUCAAUAUUGAUGUAACUAUGUGAUGUAGUUCCUCCAUCUGGUUUGUUUUCAUGUUCUUACUAAAUUUUCUGAGAUAGCUUUCUUCCUAUGAUAUUACAGAAUAUGUCAUAUUUACAAGAAAGGCUGUAGUUCAUUGUCUCAGUGUGAUAAUUAAGAUUGAUUGUGAUCAAGCUGAUUCUUUGCAUGACUUACAGGUCCCAAUGUGAUCUGUGGGGAUGGUUCCCUAUUAUCCUGAUUCACUCAUUUCCUGACUGUCUAAAAGCUAGGUGUUUUUUUUGUUUGUUUUUUUAAUAGGACUAUUCUUAUGCAUUCUAUGUAGCAUUUUCCAUUCUACUUUCCAGGGAGCAACUUAUUAACAAAUAGGGGAGAUUCCCUGGGAACUUUAUUUACAACAAACUUUUCCACUGUUAUUUCAAUAAUAUGAGGAUGGAAUGAAGAAAGAGCAAAAAGGACCUAUUUCACUAAAUUCCUUUGAUUAUCAGAAUUAAGGAUGUGCUUGAACUGGAGUGAAAUGAAGAAUGGUGGUCUUAGUGCUGGAACUCUGCUCUUUCCCCAUCUUUUAUUUUAUCAAUGUGGGACAGAGCCUGUCGUAAUUUUCACUAGAGCACUAGCAAAGAUGUGUGUGAAAUAGAUUCAUGAAAGUUUGUGUCAAAGAACGACCUUUAGGUGAAGAAGCAUUCAGUUACAUUCAAAUCAAUGGACAGAGUUGAGAAUGUGAGAAAAUGAUAAAAUUGUUGUUUAAGUCACUAAGCUGUGGGGUCACUUGUCAUUCAGCAAUGUAUAACUGAGGCACCUUUGAAUUUCAUUAUCACUUGAAACCAAGAUUAUGCUAAAUAAUGAAAUACAGUCAAAUAAUGAAACAUCACCAAUCACACCAUGUUGCUAAAAAGAUUGGUAACAAUUUGAAAA